CCGGGUGAAGGGAAGUCGUUACCGCCCCAGGUCGGGCAGCAGGAUGUCGAUUUGGGGAUGGAGAAGCGAAACAUGGGAACUGGCGGCCCCCUAACCAGGCAAAGGCCGGUGGCCCGGGGCACGGCCCACCCGGGCGCCGGCCGGAUGCGGCGUGGCCCGAGCGUCACGGCCGCCCGCCGCCUCUCGUAACCCCUGGCGCCCGCCGCCCGCGCAGCUCGCGCCAAUUCUCGGAACAGCUCCGCGUCGGGUGCGGCGCGGGGCUGCGGAGCAGGGGCCAGACUCCUGAGCAAUUUGCGUAGCGGACGGCGCCCGCGCAGGCGCAGGAGGGGGCGGAGCCGCGGGAGCCGGGGAGCCGGAGCCCCGGGUCCCAGCGACCGGAGCCCGCUCCUCCAGCGGCGGCUUGAAGAUCCGGCGUCGGCCUCCUUCCGCCCCCUACGGCUGCAGAGUGGACGCAGUGUGGGGUGGUGCGGUGGGCCAGCGUCCGGAAUUCCGAGGACUGAAGGCGGAGGCCCUCCCUUUCCGGAUUGUUGGAGGGGAGAGAGCCCCCCAGUUUGGGGAGGGGGAGAGCCGGGCGUUGAGCGCCCCCCGCAGCGGCCGCAGCCCUGAGCUGACUGGCUUUGGCCGGCUCUCCCCCUCCUGCCAGGACGACUCCAGCGACUAAGGCCAGGGACCCCUCUCCUUUAGCCUCUGCACCCCCAGCCCCCACACCCGGCUCUGAGACUGGUCCAGGCAGGAGACUCCCCACCUCCCCACCCCCGCUCCGCCGGGGAGAGGAAAGGCUGUCUGUCCUUCCACACCUCUGAGUGAGGGACCCCGGUUGCCUGUGCUCGGCAAAGGCAAGGGUUCCUCUGUUGAGGGGGAGGGCCUGGCCAGCCACAACUUCUUUCCGCCUGAGCUCCCCAUCUCUGUCUCUGCACCCGACACCUCCCACCCCUCCGUAUUUAUUUCCCUGGCCCCCUGCCAGCCCCUCCAUCUCUGUCUCCUGGAUUCAGGCCUCCCUCCCUGAUAUGGAGAGUAACCUGUCUGGCCUGGUGCCUGCUGCUGGGCUGGUGCCUGCGCUGCCGCCUGCCGUGACCCUGGGGCUGACUGCGGCCUAUACCACUCUGUAUGCCUUGCUCUUCUUCUCCGUCUAUGCCCAGCUCUGGCUGGUGCUCCUGUACGGGCACAAGCGUCUCAGCUAUCAGACGGUGUUCCUGGCACUCUGUCUGCUAUGGGCCGCCCUGCGUACCACCCUCUUCUCCUUCUACUUCCGAGAUACACCUCGAGCCAACCGCCUGGGGCCCCUGCCCUUUUGGCUUCUCUACUGCUGCCCUGUCUGCCUGCAGUUCUUCACACUGACGCUUAUGAAUCUCUACUUUGCCCAGGUGGUGUUCAAGGCCAAGGCGAAGCGUCGGCCAGAGAUGAGCCGAGGCUUGCUGGCCGUCCGAGGGGCCUUCGUGGGGGCCUCGCUGCUCUUUCUGCUGGUGAAUGUGCUGUGUGCGGUGCUGUCCCGCCGGCGCCGGGCGCAGCCCUGGGCCCUCCUGCUGGUGCGUGUCCUGGUGAGCGACUCCCUGUUUGUUAUCUGCGCGCUCUCUCUCGCCGCUUGCCUCUGCCUUGUGGCCCGGCGGGCCCCCUCCACCAGCAUCUACCUGGAGGCCAAGGGGACCAGUGUGUGUCAGGCAGCUGCGAUGGGUGGCGCCAUGGUCCUGCUCUAUGCCAGCCGGGCCUGCUACAACCUGGCAGCCCUGGCCUUGGCCCCCCGGAGCCGGCUGGACGCCUUCGAUUACGACUGGUACAACGUCUCUGACCAGGCGGACCUGGUGAACGACCUGGGGAACAAAGGCUACCUGGUGUUUGGCCUCAUCCUCUUCGUGUGGGAGCUGCUGCCCACCACCCUGCUGGUGGGCUUCUUCCGGGUGCACCGGCCCCCACAGGACCUGAGCACCAGCCGCAUCCUCAACGGGCAGGUCUUUGGCUCCCGUUCCUACUUCUUCGACCGGGCACACUGCGAGGACGAGGGCUGCUCUUGGGAGCACAGCCGGGGCGAGAGCACCAGCAUGUCAGGCAGCCUAGGCUCCGGCAGCUGGUACGGUGCCAUCGGGCGGGAGCCAGGCUGGUGCGGGGGCAGCCAGACGCGGACCACUCCUCUGCUCUUCUCCCAGGUUCUGGGACCAGGCAGCCACCACCACAGUCUCUACUCCACCCCACAGACGUGAUCCCCCUCCCUCUCCCAACAACACCCAGACCCCAGUCCCUCCCCCUCCAGGCCCCUGUGCAGAGUUCAUCCGCCGCUUCUUGCCCAGGAUUCCAGGGGCUGUGGCUGCCUCUUCCCCAGGCCGGCUCCUUGCUACUCCUGUCGUAGUGAGCUUGUGCUGUCCCCUAGGAUGGAGGGUAUGGCCCUGGCUGCCAGAUGCCCACAGCACCCUGGCAUGACCUGCCACUUCGGCUUCUACACCGGAGCCAGCUACCUCUCCUGCACCUGCCACUCAAUAAACACUGUCUGUGCCCUGAGUCCA